GGAAGUAGCGUAACAAACGAGAUGUGUGUGAAGUAUAUGCUAUAUGGUGUGAGCUGUGUCGUCUCAUGACGUUGACUGAAUACCCAAAUGCAAAUUACUUUAACAUAAGUGUUUAACAUAAAGGACAUGUACGAUACCGUCGCCUUUCAUGCUCAGCUAGCCUCCAUCAUUGAGGUUUUGGCGAAUGCAGCCGUUGCCGAAAUCUGCAAACUUGUAGAUGAUGGCCAUGCUGCUUUACGUUUGGAAAUUUCCCAUAGUCAGAAAGAAAUCGAUAACCUGCGGAGGAAGCUGGUUUUGACAAAAUUCCAGAAUUCUCGACGAAGCGCAGAAAGAUUUGGACCCCUGCGACGCACAGUUCACAGGCGCGUUGACAGCGGUCAUAUUGUUCGGGGAAGAGGGAGCUUCGUAGGAAAGUCAACAGUGGAAAAUCGUCUUGACGACAGCGAUGGAGGCAACUUUAUGCAGGAUGUCACCAACUGGAGAGACCCAGGACUCACAGGGAUAGACCAGGAUGGGGGCAUGCAGACGGCAGAAAUGCAAGAGGCACCUCUUAUCAAAAUGGAGAACUUUCACACCAGCAGAACAGAAGAGAUUGUCCAACCAGUCAGUGAGAGCAGUGAGAAGAUCAUUGUGGCAGAACCAGGUUCUUCAUCCUCUACUGAACCCACAGACCUUCUGGACCAGCAGGGCAACAGACACAGAGCUCCAGACACCUCACUCAAUAUAGAACCUGAAAACCAGACGUUCCAGCAUCCAGCGUCACAAUACAACAGAGCAAGACAGGACCAUCAGGUUGCUGAGAGUGUGACCUGGGAAACUGACCAUCAACCCAUAGAAUACAGCCUGUCCCAAUGGACAGAGAACCAAGAGACUGACAACCCAACUGUGAAUGCUCCUCACAAUUUAGGGCCAGACUCCAAAAGGCUGUCUGAACAUCCAGAGAGGAGAGGGGUGCCUGGUAACUCUGGGGUCUACAUGUCUGCUUUGGGCUCUCUGGACUGGCUGCCUGAUGUGGUGCUGGUGGACUCAGUUCCCAUUAAAGUGGAGGCAGAUAUGAGUUCAGAAUGGAGCAUAACUGGCCAAGAGUUGACAUCUGGAGACAUCUGUUCAGAAAGCAGACAGCUUGUGGACAACAGAGGAAGAGGGGGAAUGGAGUCUGGACAGACAAAGUGUCCCCCUGACACUCAACAUGCAGAGCAAGGGACAACUGUAGGAUCAAGGUCCAAGAUGCCGGAUUUCAAUGGACUGUCCACCAAAAACAGCUUUUCAUCCCCAAGGGUUACUCUCCACCAGGUUCCCCAAAGAAGGAAGCCAGCACCCUUCCUGAAUUUCAGAGGCUCCACUUCUUCAUUGAAAGUCAUAGAAAAGCAGCCACAACAGCUGACGUCUCACUCCACCCAGAGGCAGCUCCGGUGCAGCCUCUGCGGAAAGCUCUUCCACCAGCCGGCGAACCUGCGGAGUCACAUGCGGGUCCAUACAGGUGAGAAACCGUACGGCUGCAGCCACUGCACCAAGCGCUUCUCCCACAGCCACCAGCUGAAGAUGCAUGAGAGGGUGCACACCGGAGAGAAACCGUUUCAAUGUGUCUACUGUGGGAAGUGCUUCACCCAGUCUGGCCACAUGAAGAAGCAUCUCCUUGUCCACACUGGUGGCAGGCCACAGGACGUUGGGCUGCCCUGAGGGGAGUUUUUCUACACCACGUGACCAGACCAGAGAAAAACUGGUCUUCCACCCUAGUUGUAAGGGGAAUGGCUCCACACUACUGGGGUUUUCAUAUGAACACUGGGUCCAUGUGUUUUUAACAGUUUGCAUAGAUACCACAUUGAACGCUUCCCUCUGUGUGUAGUGGUUGUGUUUUCAGUUCAGCUGGCUUGAUACUUGGUCCAGAGUGAACUGAUAAUGUAUAUUAUUAAAGGUGAAGAUUUUAAACA